AGUGGAACUGCAAUCACGGGAAAUUCUUUCCCUAGACCAGUAAACCAGUUGAUUCUUGAUUAAUAAGAGACACCCUAAUAGAACCCAUUGGCAUUGGCUUGCUUCAUUCAAGAAGGAUGGGUCUAAACCAGUUGUGGGUGUCUGUGGUGAUGCUUUUAUUUUUACAAGGGGCAAGGUGGUGUGAUUGUUGUUGGGAGGAUGAGAGAAUUGCUCUGCUCAAGCUUAAAGCUUACUUCAAUUAUCCUAAUGGCAAUGCCAUGUCUUCUUGGGAGAAAAUUCCCAACUGUUGUUAUUGGGAAUAUGUUGCGUGCAGCCCCAUUACAAGGCGAGUAACAUCACUUUAUCCUUGGAGAGAUGGGAGAUUGGGAGAUUGGUAUCUCAAUACCUCCUUUUUUCUUCCAUUCAAAGAAUUAAAUGAUCUUUCCUUGGAGCAAAUUAACAUUCUGGGUUGUGUUAAGAAUGAAGGUUUUGAAAGAUUAUGGAGCCUUGGGAAUUUGGAGUCUCUUGAUUUAAGCUUCAACAAAUUCAACAACAGCAUCCUGCCAUCUUUAAGUGGUCUUUCAUCUUUAAAAUCAUUAACUCUAGACAACAAUAGACUGAAAGGAAAAAUUAAUAUUCAAGGCGAGUUCCACUUCCUCCCAUCCUUCUCUAAAGUGAAAUCAUAUUCUUCAAAACAUUUAUGUAUUUCAUUUUAUCAUUGCUUUUGUGUAGAAUUGAAUAAUCUAACAAGCUUGAAGGAGUUGAAUUUACAAGGCAAUGAAAUUGAAGGUUUAAAAUCCUCUCAUGGUUUGAGGAAUCUGGAGCUCCUUGAUCUGAGUUAUAAUCGCCUUAACAAUAGCAUGCUUUCAUCUCUCAAGAGACUUUCAUCUCUCAAAUCUCUGAACCUAGAAUAUAAUUUACUCGAAGGAAAACUUAACGUAGAAGAAUUGGGUGCUUUGAGCAACUUAGAGGAGCUACAUUUGAGCGGAAAUCAGAUCAUCAAGUUUGAGGCCUUGAGAGGUCUAAGCAAGCUAAGAAAAUUAAUUUUGAACAACAUGACCACAAACGAAAGAAGCCCUUCACUGCUUCAUAGCUUGGGAGCAUUUCCGUACCUCAAGACCCUCUAUCUACAAUACAAUAAUUUCCAUGAAAAAAUAUUUGCUCAAGAGUCAGAGAAUUUCACCAACUUGGAAGAGUUGUUCCUAGACUCAUCUUCUUUGAAUGAAGAGUCCCUUACAAGUCUUGGAGCAUUGCCUUCUCUUAAACUUUUGUCGUUGGGUUCAUUAAGAGACAACCUACCCCAUCAAGGAUUGCCUAGUUUCAAGAAGCUGGAACAUUUACACUUGGAUUUUUCUACCAUUAAAAACAACGUCCUGCAUACUAUUUCAAAAAUGAUCUCUCUCAAGACUUUAUCAUUGGUGUAUUGUGGACUCAGUGGCACCAUACCAGCAACCCAAGGCAUAUGCGAGUUGAAACAUCUCCAAAUGCUUGAUGUCAGCUAUAAUGAUCUCAGUGGUACGUUGCCUUGGUGUCUAGCAAAUCUUACAUCCCUUCAACGAUUGUAUCUCAUUUCUAAUCAUUUUACGGGAAAAAUCUUUCCGGUCGGGGGUUUGACAUCCAUCCAAGAAUUAAAACUUUCGGGCAAUCACUUUCAAAUACCGAUUUCACUUAGUCCAUUUUUCAACCAUACAAGGCUCAAGCAUUUGCAGGGCGAGGAUAAUGAAGUAUAUACAGAAUUAGAGGUGCAUAACUUGAUCCCAAAAUUCCAAUUAGAGACUCUUGUUUUACCUUGUCUUGGCUAUGGCGGAGCAUUUCCCAAGUUUCUCUACCAUCAGCAUAACUUACGAGUUGUUGAUCUCUCACAUAUUAAAAUGAAGGGGGGCUUUCCAUUUUGGUUGUUGGAUAAUAACACAAACCUAGAAGAGCUUUCUUUAGCCAAUAAUUCUCUUUCAGGGCCUCUCCAGCUGCCAAGUCAUCUUCAUAUGCGUUUGUCAAACUUAGACAUCUCCAAUAAUGGCUUCCAUGGGCACAUUCCAAUGGCAAUUGGAGCAUCUUUCCCAAUGUUACUAAAUUUGAAAAUGUCUAGAAAUGGUUUUAGCGGUAGCAUUCCCUCAUCACUUAGUAAUAUUAGCUUCUUAGAAGUUUUGCAAUUGGAUGGAAAUCGGUUUUCAGGAUGUAUCCCUGAUAACUUAUAUAAGUGCUCUUAUUUGGAGAUGUUGGAUGUUAGUGAUAACCAUCUAUCUUGUAGGAUCCCGGGAUCAAUGAGUAAUGUGUCUUCUCUCAAAGUUUUAGACCUUUCAAGGAACAAUAUUUUUGGAAGUCUACCAUCAUACAUUAACCCUUCUAGCUUGGUACUUGUUUACUUAUCUUAUAAUAGGCUACAAGGGUCAAUAAAAAAUGCAUUUUAUGGUUGCUCUGAUUUAAUAACAUUAGAUCUUGGCCAUAAUUUUUUGACCGGGACCAUUCCAGAAAUGAUUGGUAGUCUUUCUAUGUUGGGCUAUCUUUUCUUGAGUUAUAAUAACCUUGAAGGUGAAAUUCCAAAGCAUUUGUGCAAUUUGGACCUAUUAAGGUUGAUUGAUUUAUCUCAUAAUAAUUUUUCUGGUCAAAUCCUUCCUUGCCUAAGAUGUACUGGGGGUUCUGGUGUUAUAGAUCCAGAAACUGAUGAUGACCGACAACCUUUAGAUUUUACAAUAAAAUGGAGUACAUAUUCUUACCAGGGAAAAAUUCUCAGUAUGUUUUCUGGAAUAGAUCUUUCGCACAACAAACUGAGUGGAGAAAUUCCUCCUGAAAUUGGAGCACUUAGCGGGAUUCAAGUGUUGAACCUUUCCCACAACAAUUUGACAGGACCAAUUCCACCAACAUUCUCAAACCUAAGUGAAAUUGAAAGCUUGGAUCUAUCUUACAACAACUUGGAUGGGAAAAUUCCUCCUCAGCUUAUACAACUAACUUCUCUAGCUGUCUUUAGUGUAGCAAAUAAUAACUUAUCUGGAUCAACACCUAAGAGAGUUGCACAAUUUGCAACUUUUGAUGAGAGUAGUUAUGAGGGAAAUCCUUUCCUUUGUGGACUGCCACUUUCAAUGAGUUGCAGUGCAGCAAUAUCACCAUCACCAUCGCCGAGAGUUUCAACUGUUGAUGAAGCGGAGAGUGGCUUCAUAGACAUGGAUGUUUUCUACGUGAGCUUUGUGGUGGCUUACAUCAUAAUAUUGUUGACAAUAGCUGCAGUUUUGUGGAUAAACCCAUAUUGGCGACAAGCAUGGUUUUACUUUAUUGAGGUGAGCUUCACCAAAUGCCAAUAUUUUCUGGAAGACAAUGUUUAUGUGCUUUUCAAGUUCAGGGUGUGACUGCUAUAUUUUGUUUCUUGUGCAAUUAUGUUGAAUCUCUAUAUAUGAUUUUGCUUUUUAAGUUGGCGAUUAAGUAAAUCCUUUUAAUGGCCAAUCGAAAACAAAAGUCAUGUAAUAUUUAAUGUAUGAGCUCUUGUUGCAAUGAAAUGUAGCUUGUCUUUCAUCUUUGAUUAGAUAA